AUGAUGAGUGGCGAUCCUGGCAUUUCUAUGCAAAAGAUGAGACAACAGGCUAUCGAUGUAUCUCAGAAACUCGUCGUUGCGGAUGAUGGUGAAGAAUUUAUUGGAGGAUGGACAUUUCUCACCCCACAAGUACCAAACACUAUCAAAUCUAGACCUUUUGAGGAAUCUGUACUCUUAUUGACAGAUGCGGCCUUGUAUAUGUGCCAUUUUGACUGGAAUAUCGAGAAAGUAUCAUCAUUCGUGAGAGUAGGCUUGAAUCAAGUGGUCGGCCUUAAGUUUGGAACAUAUAUCACGAGCACACUGUCACAGGCUCAGGCAGACGAGCAGAGGAAUGUCGGCAUUGUAGUCACAUAUAGGGCGGGUUCAAAUGACAUAAUUCGUGUGAACACGAGAUCUAUGGCUACUGAAUUUCCCUCCUCAAAAUUGUCUUUAGAAGACAAAUUAUCGACAACAGUGUCUGCAUCUAGCACGAACUCUGUUGUUGCUCCAAUCGCUGCCGGUUUCGCAAAUUUGAUUUCAGGUCUACAGAAUCAAACCACGCCGGAACCUAAAGAUACCAUGAAGGUUCUUGCAUUCAAGGCUCUCCCCUCCAGAUCAGCGGUAUCAGAUGAAGGAGUAAGCGAGUUCGAGCAAGUGAAGAGUGUUUGUUCAGAGAUUAGAAGAAUGGUUGAGGCUGCAACUAUAAGGGAGGCUGGGGUGGAGAGACAAAACAUCGUAGAGGAGGGUAUUAUCAUUAGCUUGGCCGAGGCCAAGAAGAGCACGGGACUAUUCGAUAUGCUAGGGCACCAAGUGAAGAAACUGGUGUGGGCUUAA